AUGGAUGAUAAGUUAAUCCCUUUAGUGGAAGAAAACAAAAACUUAAAAAUCAAAGUAGAAAAAUUAGAAAAAGAAAUUGAGUUUCUGAAAAAAGUAGAGAAGAAAAAUAAUAUCAUAAUAUUUGGCCUGGAAGAAAAAGAGACAUCAACUUUCCAACUACUACAAGAAUUUAAGGAACAUCUGAAACAAGAUCUAAACAUUACUAUAGAACAUUACGAAAUCAAUAAAAUUUACCGCUUAGGUACUAAAAAUAGAGAAAGUAACAAACCAAGGCCGGUACUAUGUUCGUUUAUAAGCAAUUGGAAAAAGAAUGAAAUUAUUAAAAAUAAAAAGAACCUGAAAAAAAUUAAUAUCAGCGAAGAUUACUCAAAGGAAGUUUUGGAAAAGCGUAAAACGUUACAAGCCAAGCUAGCUGAAGAAAGGAAAAAAGGCAAUUAUGCGUAUUUGAAAUAUGAUAAACUAAUCGUUAAAGAGAAUCAAAAGAUCCAAGAAAAACGAAAAAGACCCACCCACUGCUGA